GGCGUCUGGGCGCUCACGAGCGCAGCAAGGAGGAGGCAUGGCAGGAUGCGCAUUCUGGAGCAGUGAGAGUCGAGAUUCAGACUCGUCGAGCAGAAAAAUGCGCAGGGUGGCUAGAGUGGCUAGAGGGGUUCCAAAGAAGACUCGCGGCGUCCAUUGGUUACUUCCAAAUUGGCAGUUGGGGCUCAUUUGCCCGAACCGCGCCCGAAGGCUUCGCAAUUGAAGGCGCUAGAGAGGGAGUUUGACCCUCCCGAUGGAGCAGGAGAUGCAUCUCAGACUAGGACUGGCCCGGGAGCAGAUGUCGUGCAUGACCGGCAAGAGUGGGUCACAUUUGUGGUGCCAAUUGAAGUGCGCCGCAUGAAACCGACUGCGGCAGCCGCGCCGCACCGGAAAGCCCAGCGCUCGGCGAUCAGGUACGGACGGUCCUGCACUUCCUGCUAAGUUAGUGGCCGGUUGAGAAAUUCAUUAUGACGCGAUCACGUGUCCGAUAGAUCAUCUGCCCGACUAAGAAUCUACAAUCUUUGAUGCAGCGGCGAAACUCAGCCUCGCAAGCGGAGAUGUCGGGAUGGAAACCGCACCAGAUUCGUUUGAAACAGGCUCGAGCAUUCUUGGGUCCUGAGCUCGCAGGAGCCAGAAGACAAUCUAGUAGAUCACAGCGAUGCGCCUGGAGAUCUCCAUGCGGGAGAUGAGUCCAGGUUGUGAUUAGCUCUGACAAUUUAGCAUAGCCUUCUCUGUACACCCAUCUUGCACCGGCGCAUUAGUCGGUGUGUGCGACAUCAUGCGGGAUGUUCCAUUUAUGUGGCUGUGUAUCAUCGCCACGAUCAUCAGAACACUUCAGAGACAUUUCCACCUUCAUACAUCAUCGACCCGACCUCCUGGUCUUUCAUUGCCCUCCUCUCCUUUCUUGCUCUCCCCUCUUCAUUGCUUCCUUUCGUCCACUGUACUGGAACUAGAGAUACCAGAUGUCGACACCGGCGGCGAAGAAGCAUCCGCGUCUGCGACGAGCACUCAAAUUGGGUUUCGGUGGCACACCUGCCAUCCGCCGCAACACCCUUGCCCCGAGGGCGGGGGAGCAGCCCAUAGUCUACCUCCGCAUCCAGGUCCUCGGUGGGCAGGGCCUCGUUGCGAAAGACCGCAACGGGCUGAGCGAUCCCUUCGUCGUCGCCUCCCUCGCGCGCACGCGGCACCAAACUCCGGUCGCGAAAAAGACGCUCAACCCGGUGUACGCGCCCAAGGACGCGACAUGGGACUUCCCCAUCCAUCUCAGUGUGGCGGACCGGCUCGGGGUCGUCGAGCUCGUCGUGUGGGACAAGGACUCGUUCAAGAAGGAGUACCUCGGGGAAGUCGAUCUCGGGGUCGAGGACUGGUUCGCGGACCGCCCUAAAGCGUGGGAUGCACCGGGCAAUGUGGUGCGUCCACCUGUCCCCUUCGCCGCGGCGUCGACCGGCAAACCGGCCCUCUGACGCGCGUCCUCCCCAGCUCUUCACAGUCCCGGUGCUCUCGACCCGGCCAGGCACGCCGUCGCAGGGCUCGCUGCAGAUCCGCCUGGGCUUCGUCUCGCCUCCUCCUCCGACGGCAGGGGCGCCGAAUCAGGCCGCGGUCGAUUUCGAUGCGCUGUACCGGAUUCUAGUCAAGAAUCGGCGCUCGUCGCUCGUUUCGGCUCCCCCGACUGAGGGAGUGGGCACCAUGCGCUCGCAUAUGACUGCCGUUGAAUUUGAGGACGACGGCGGGAUAUCCUCCGCGUCCGAAAUAUCGUCUGACGACGAGGACGGACUGUCCGAUCUCGAGUCUGGAGACGAAGAUGAACGCGAGUCUCCCCUCAUCUCUUCUAGUUCGAGCUCUCCUGCUAUCAGUACGGAUGUUUCCCCCUCAGGAUCCAAACUGCAGUCACUCUACGUUCCUCCGACUAUGGAGGCAACACCGACUGUGACUACCAAGCUCCCGGCGCUGCCUUCUCUCAAUGUCAUCCCGGGAUCGCCUGCGUCGGAUAUGGGCACAUCCGCCGGAGGAAAGACACCUACAGGCCCCAGUCCACUGACCACUCCGACACCGUCUUCUGCUGGGGUCCCUGCGUCGAUAUCCGCCGUCAUUGCCGCUUCACCCUCCGCUGAGAUCGCGCCAGAGAAGAAGGGCCGACCCAAGUUCAUUCCCAUUCCUAUACCUCGCAAAUUCCUACCGGGCAAGUCGCGGUCUCGACCGACGACGCCGAAUACGCCGGAUGGCUUCACUACGCCGAUUACUGCUACAGGCAAGGAGAAGCGAGGAUUUCGGAAAAGUUGGAGCGGGACCGGAGCUCUUGCGACGCCGGGAGAAGACGCGGCUCCUGCGAAAAGCAAGGGCAAGGAGAAGGAGGCUGUUGGGGAUGCAGAGCCAGGGAAAAUGGGACGGAGGCGGCCGAAGCCCGAGCGGGCAUAUUCUCUCGGCACGGAAGUCGCCCCGUCCGAGUCCCCGAGUGAUAUUGUGGGGAUUGUGAUGUUGGAGAUUGUCAAAGCGGAAGAUCUGCCCCGGCUGAAGAACAUGACGCGCACUUCUUUUGACAUGGAUCCGUUUGUUGUGAUUUCGUUUGGGAAAAAGGUGUUCCGGACCCGAGUUAUCCGACACUCCUUGAAUCCGGUCUGGGACGAGAAGCUGCUGUUCCACGUCCGGCGAUAUGAGAUCGGCUAUGAGGUCCGACUAACGGUACUCGACUGGGAUAAAUUGACUUCGAACGACUACGUCGGUGAAGUGGGCCUGAAAGUCGGCGAGCUCGUAGCCAACGCACCGCAGCCGCUUCCGGCGGAUCCUUCCGAUUCCAAAUCGGGGCAUAUUCCGGUAUACAGUGAUGAGACAGGGGACCAUUCCAUGAAAGAGUUUACUAUGAAGCUCGAGAUCGGUGCCGGGGGCGUGCAAUGGGAGAGCAAGCACAGCCCGGCCAUCACGUUCCGCGCCAAGUACCAGCCGUACUCACUCCUGCGCCAGCGCUUCUGGCGGCAGUACCUGAAGCAGUAUGACGCCGACGAGACGGGCACCGUGUCGCAUGUGGAGUUGGCGAGUAUGCUCGACUCGCUGGGCUCGACGCUCAGCAGCGACACCGUUGAUUCGUUCUUCACCCGGUUUGGCAAAGACCCGGUGCGGGACGAGUUGAGCGUGGAGCAGGCGAUCCGCUGUCUCGAAAGCGAGGUCCUGCGGCCGGAGAGCGAGCGCCGGCGUGUGGAUGACGAGGGCCAAGUCGCUGGCGUGGUCACGAGCGCUGGUUCCUCGCCUUCUGGCGGAGAAAUGCAGCUCGGGGAACUCGACUUUGCGGGACCUGCUUUGGAUAUCGAUUUCGUCACUGGAGAACCGCAGGGAUUCGUCACCGAGCCGUCCGAGAUGGUGCUUCAGCGGCCUGAUCACUCGCGGCAAACUACGUCCGACUCGUCUUCGGAUGGGGACCUGGAAUCUGAUUCGCCCAGUCCGCAACUGGUUUCUGUUACUUCGUCGCCUGCUUCUCAGCAGCAGCAGCAGCAACAACAACAGCAACAGCAACAACAGCUAGCGACACUGUCUUCAAAGAAGCCCCGGUUCCGACGUCCGAGAGUGAAAAAAGUGAAAGACUCGGCCGUUUUGUCGCAGUCGCCCGCUGCAGGCUCGCCAGCGGGCAGCGAGGACUCGUUCGAGCGCGUGAUCAACGUGAAGAACUGCCCGAUCUGCCAUCGGCCGCGGAUGAGCGACAAAGCGGAGGUGGACAUCAUCACGCACAUUGCGGUGUGCGCCAGCCAGGAUUGGAGCAGUGUGAGCCGCAUCAUGGUGGGCAACUACGUCACGGCGAGUCAGGCGCAGCGCAAGUGGCUCAGAAAGAUCUUUGGGAAGUUAUCGAGUGGUGACUAUCGUCUAGGCGCUAACUCGGCGAACAUCAUCGUGCAGAACCGGCUCACGGGACAGCUGGAAGAGGAGAAGAUGCAAGUUUACGUCAGGCUCGGGAUCCGUCUGCUUUACAAGGGCAUGAAUAGUCGGAUGGAGGGCGGCCGUGGUAUGUUGCUUUGCCUCUCUUGGGUUCGUCGUUUUAUCAACCCACCCAGCUCGUCGACUUCUCCGGUCCAUGACGGUCAAGCAGGGCCUCAAAUACGACUCUCCCGAGUCGGCUCGCGACAUCCCGGUGUUCAUUGAAUUCCACAAGCUCAAAGUCGACGAGAUUCUCGAGCCGUUGGAUUCAUUCAAGACAUUCAAUCAGUUCUUCUAUCGGAAACUGAAGCCGACUGCGAGACCAGUCGCCGAGCCUGACGACCCGUACCGACUGGUCAGUUCUGCAGACUGCCGCAUGAUGGCGUUUGAGACCGUCUCGGAAGCCACGCGAUUGUGGAUCAAGGGCCGCGAGUUUACCGUCGGUCGAUUACUGGGCGAAACGUACUCGAACGAGGUCGACCGAUACGCGGGGGGCGCUCUGGCCAUCUUCCGUCUUGCGCCGCAGGACUAUCAUCGUUUCCACUCGCCUGUCGACGGGACCAUCGGCAAGAUGACUACUAUCGCCGGGGAGUACUACACUGUCAACCCACAAGCGAUCCGGACAGCGCUGGACGUGUAUGGAGAGAAUGCGCGCAAGAUCGUGCCGAUUGACAGCCCGCAAUUCGGGCGCGUUAUGGCCGUCUGUGUGGGAGCCAUGAUGGUCGGGAGCAUCCUCACGACCGUGCAAGAGGGCGAGGCGGUCAAACGGGGACAGGAGUUCGGGUACUUUGCAUUUGGGGGCUCGACGAUCGUGCUGUUGUUCGAGAAAGAUGCUGUCGAGUGGGAUGAGGAUCUGUUGGUCAAUGGGCGUGCGUCGCUGGAGACGCUUGUGCGGGUCGGCAUGGGUGUGGGACGGGGGAAACGCAAGCCGGUCGGAGGGCUUGAGCGGCUUUGGGAGGGCGGACUAUGUCUAGGAUCGCUGUUAUACAGCUGUAAUCUACUUAUGUAGCUGCAUUAUCAUUACUAUCUAUAUAUACUGUUGCGCUUCAACAUGCGCUGCUGCACUGGCUAACAUGC